CAGUAGUCCGGUUCACCUCGCCAGCAAUGGACGCCGGUGCUCUAGCUGGGUGUUUGAGAGACAAGAGCGUCCUCAUCACAGGCUCAACUGGAUUCCUCGGAAAAUUAUUCGUCGAGAAGAUAUUGAGGGUUCAGCCCGCUGUCAAGAAGAUCUACCUGCUGGUGCGCACCUCCCAUGGUGCGUCUGCCGAGCAGCGUGUCAUGUCCGAGGUCACUGGAGAGGCAGUCUUCGAUAUCCAGCGUGAAAAAUACGGUCCCGUUGGCUUCCAAAACUUCAUCAAAGAAAAGGUAGUUCCUAUAGACGGAGAUAUCAUGCAUGACAACCUCGGUCUUGAUAGUGCUCAAGUGUGAGUCUUGACGAAAGAAGUUGAUGCUAUCAUCAAUGGAGCUGCCACAACUAACUUCUAUGAAAGGUACAUAUAGCAGUGCUAAUUAAAUUACUGGCCAUCAAUCCGUACACUUGUAUGGGCAACAGAUAUUUAUUCUGGAAAAAGUUGACUAAUUUUCCAUGACUAACUAGCAAGAGAUCACCGGCUAGAUAAUUAUAAAUUUAUCUCUUUUAUUGUAAAUCCAUAGUACAAUUUUUUCUAUAUAAACAAAGUAUAAUAUUGAAACUUGUUAUGUUAUAAUAUCACUGUAAUGCAAUUAAUUCCUUUAUAACAUCACAACUUAUUCAGUAAAUCACAAUUCCUAAGUCAUUUCUUGGUAUUUCAAAUCAUUUAUAAAGUGUGUUAAAACAUAAAAGGUCAAAUUUCAUUGAUGAAUUGUCAUUAUAAUUCAAUCACGAAAGCCAUAUAUGCCUUUUAUGCAAAAUCGCCUCCCUAGCUCUUGCUUCUGAACUAAAGAUGCCAAUAUCGAAGGGAUUUUUCAUUGAUGAUGACUUUUGAGUAGAUAUAUUUGUUAAAUGAGUACACACUUUUUUUAAGAUGUAGUUGGGCUACUAAGUCUUUAUAAUGUUAUUUUGCUUGGACUAUUCAUGAUUCGAACUUAACUUUGAUAAUAACUAGCAAAGUGGCCUGCUCGAUGCGCGGGCUAGAAUUUUAGACAGUUUAGUAAGGGCACAUACUAUUUGAUUUGUGUAAAGAGAAAUUGGCAUCAUCCUUAUUUGUUUCUGUUUCAACAUAAAAUUGUAAUACCAUGUCAUCAUCAUGCCAUUACUGCUUGAUCCAAGCUAACGUUAAUUAAUUCAGCCAAGCUUAGUCGAUGCUUUCUGGAUUACUUCUUGCAUCUUAAGAUGAAGUUAUGAAAAUACUUGUUCGUAUGCCAAGAACUAUGAUCUCGGUUGCAGAUCAAGAAAAACCUAAUGCUUAGAUGAUUGUGUGAGCACACGUAUUCAUAUUGUACUCAACUUCCAACAACAAAGUACCGAGUCAUAUGAUUUUUUUAGGAUAUAGUAUUUUGUACAUCGGAACCUACCUAAUUUUAGAGAUUUCAGGCCAGGUACAAAAUUUACUCUACGCAGCAUAAUACUGAUUAGAAGCAUUUGUACCAAGCGAUCAGCUUGGUAAGCUACCUACAAAAAUUUGCAACCGAUGAUUAGAAGCAUUUGUAGCAUGCGUGCACAAACUACGCUUCCCUUGUAAUUAGUACAUAUAUUAGUGUGUCUCAUGCUCAUGCUAAUUACACGAACGAAUUCUUUAAACCGAGCACUGUAGAAAAGAUAGCAGUUACUAAAUAUGUACGUACCUUAUAUCCUGCAUGCCAUGGGAAUGCAAUGCAUAUUCUAUGGCCGCCUAAAUAGUUGUGUCAUCAAUACCAUCUAUCAGAUCACAUAAUGGACUAUAUAGGCUCGUGAAAACAUUAGACGUAUAUUACUAAAUAACUAAUAGAUUAUUGAUAGAUCGCUACUGCAGCUACAUCUGUAUCUCUCUUGUGAAUACUACAACCCAGCCCAUUAGCAAGUACAGCGCAGCUGCAGCUUUGCACCACACGAUCAAAGCAAUCGCUUCCUCACGUACGUUCUUAUCCCCUCUCCAUCCCAAGCCUCAAACACUACAACCGUCGACAGCCGACGACCGCCCACGGUGCCGACGGCGGGAUGUCCCGCCAAACUCCCUGGACCUCAACUCCUCAAUGCCCUUCUUCACAGAUCACAACCGUCUCUUUGAUUGGAGCUGCACGUCAACGGCCCCAACGUCGGGAUGCCUCUGAUCUCUGAACCUCAAUCCCCAAGUGCACCCUGGUUACUGCAGUUAACUCAAUUGGUCAGUACGCGUAUCUCCUUUUUUUGGACAAUUUGAUGCAUACUUCGGGAUUGAGAUGUGAUGGUAAUUCAUUAAUUUAUACCUCCACUCCAUUCAACGACUCGAUUGGUUAAUUACUACAAAAUUUGAUACAUUAUAAAUUUCUGAUUAGAUAGCAUUGAUGGGAAAGUAACAGACUACGCAGUCAUUUUUCUUAAAGAAUAUGAGAAGAGGAAAUCACUGAGAACAAAAAGGUUGUCCAGUUUAGUUGUCAUUUGGUCAUCAGACGUGCUCUUUUCUUUUGGAACCCCAAAAUUUACUUUGUCAUAUCUGUCAUAUUUGUAUGAACAAAUUCACCGGUCCAAAACUAUCUUUAUAUCUGUUCUAUGACUUGGCUUUUUUCAUGCAUAUUGUUUCUUCAUAUAUAUAGUUGGCCCCCCUUGUGUUUUGGUCACGCUCCGGCACUGCAUAUCAGAGUAUCUAAUUAAAGGAACUAAGUUCUGGAAGGAAAAAUAGAUCUUAGUGUGGAUGGAUCUCCCCUCAAACAUAUACCUCGAUUCAUGUUCUAAGUUCAGAAAUCAAUGAUGGACCCCUUGAUGUAGAAGCGAAUGGCAGCAGCUGGUUGCCGCGAUGUAUGGAACGACGUUGGAACCGUUGAGCACCGAGCUUCUAGCAGAAACUGCUCGAUGAAACCCGGAAAAACUGCACACCUCAGUUUUGAUUGGAGGUAGUUUGGCCUAUGCUGAGGCAGAGGAAGUUGAGCCAAUUUUUGGCAGCCUUUUCGCCAGCCCCAGCCCUACCUCUCCUCCUGUCCAUCAGUCGCUAAUUGUUGUUCUUGUCCCAAUUGCUCCAUCCUCUUCUCUUUGUGCUUUGCUGUAGUAAUUACUUAUCAGGUCCUUCGAUUGUAUCUCAAGUUCCAUGGCUUUUUUGCAUGACAGCAGUAGAUCACUCGUCCGCGUCAGCUUUCAUCUCCAGGUUGAUGCUGCUGUAACAUCAACCACUAUAGCAGCCACCAGAGGUAUCCUGUGGAGGUCCAUGUGGCUUCAAUGACUCCUCGGUGGUGCGGUGAUCCUCAGGAGAAAUCUCUCGUGGGCAGACCAUUGGGAGAGAACGUGAUGGAGGAGUUAGGGCUGGGUUGAGGGUCCAAUUCUGUAGAGAAGGAUCUUCCUCUGGCAAUCUUGUGUUGAUGCAGGAUGUGGAGGACGGUGGGGGCAGCUUGAAGGGUCUAGAGGUUAGGGCUCUCGUGCGUUAUUUUUUUGAGGGAAGGUCUCGUGAGUCUUUUUUUUUAACUGGGAAGGCUCGUGAGGUCUUAGACAUUGGUGCGUAAUGGCAAUGGUGGAUUUAUGUUGCAAAAAAAGUUAUCGUUUCUUAUUACGUUGAAAAGUUUAUUUGCGUAAUGGUCACUGAUUUAUGCUAAAAAAAAAUUGUAAAAAAAGUUGUCGUUUCUUAUUAUGUUGAAAAGUUUUUUUGCGUAAUGGCAAUGGUGGGUAAUUUUCACUGAUUUACGUUGGAAAAAAAUGUCUCCAUCCAACGGUUAUGAUUUCCUUUUCUACGAAAUAAGCGGACAGAUCUUUCUAAUUAUUGUGGAUUUUUCUAAAAUAUUCUCCUUUUUCUAGUGAUCCCAUCAAAUACUUUUUAUAUAUAAUAGAUUUUUAUUUUUAUGUACUUAAGCCAUGGGUAUAAAGUUGCAAAAACUAUAUUCUUAUAUUGUAUGUCUAUCCUCAGGGCAUUGACCUAAUAUUCUAUGGCAAACUUUAUCUUCAUUGUUAUGAGCUUAUUGACUUCGCUAUUCCGAAUCCAAUGCAUGUUCAUGUUUCCUUAUUCAGAAAAGGAAAAUAUUACUCGAUCCUUUCGAUUCUAUUCACUAACUCCAAACCCCUACCGCCGCCACCACCUCCAACCAGCCUUCUUGAGUGACCUCUCAAUCAUUACGGUGAAACAGAAGUAGUUUCCAGAUGCCGUAGUAGCUCACCUUCUCAUUUGAUAGACUCGCCACAUGACUUACCUAACAAAACCAUUGCAUCUCUUUAAUUUGUCGUAACAACAUAAACCCAAUAGUGAGUUCCCAAAUGAUGCAUUAUCUUCCUAGUUUUCCAAACAUAAACCUGUAUGAUCUGUUUUGCACAUUACUAGUAUUAGUAUGAGUGGGCUACUCAUGUGCACCGCGAGAUAGAGUUGGACAUGCUUUGUGCCUUCUCACGAUAUUCUGCCUAGUGUGGUUUGUGCACGAUUGACAUUGUUUUGUUUUCUUGCCGUUGAUUACAUAAGUUAUAAACAUCUUGUACACUAGACAUAUAUUCUAUCUACCAGAUGGACGAACAAAUAUAUUAAUAAAGUCAUACAAGCAGUUUAUGAUAAUUCAUCAUCUAAUAAGUCUACACAAAUCUAAGAUUUUUGUUGAUAAAUUCCCUGAUAUUUUGAUGAUAUUCUUGAGAAGUUGCAUCCACUAUAUAUCAUGGCCAUUGGUGAUACUUUGUAUAUUCUUUAUAUAUGUAUGCAUGUGAUUAUUUUCACACGGGACAAGUUUGAUUCAUGUAAUUUUCAAGAUUCAAUGGAAAUUCAGAGAAAAUGGUACUACUACAUAAAGCUAUGUUUAAUAUGUUCUGAUUUGUUAAAGAUCAUCAUCACACCUAGCUUGGCGAGGCUUCCUAAACACACAUAGUAUUGUUUAAUCUCAACUCUAAUCUCGGAUAGAACGAAUGCAAACAUGAACAAAAGAGAAGAAGAAAUCUAUUGGAUUUUUGAUAUCAUACAUGGCAUAAGCACAUCUAAUGCAACUAGGAUUUGUUUCAAAGUUCAGCCCAAAUUUCUCCUUGGUUUACUAUUUCGGUAGGCACUUGUGUGCUUCUUUUGUAAUAUCAGGACAUUUUUAUUUUUAGUUAUAAAAACUCAAGCAAUAAAUAUACUUAUCUACCAAAUUGAAACUUCGAAAUAAUUUAGCUGGAUGGUUCAUUUGCCUCUUGCUUUAUCGUGGCCAUAUAGAUAAUCAUUUAUAUCUUUCUAGUUUUGCAUUUUUAUAUCCUUUAUACUAUUUUGAGCAGUUAUACGUUGGACCAUUGAAGUAUGUGUGUCAAGUUUUUCUUAUAUAUUUCUUAGUUUUGUGUAUGAUCAUGUUUGAGCCAUUAUAAUUGGAAUCUUUACGUUUUCAUCAAUUUUAGGUAUGACUAGAUCUAAGACCAUUAUAUGUAUGUUGUAUAUUUUUCUCAAUAUUUAUUAUUAUUUUAUAAUUUGAUUAGAUAUAACCAGUUAAAACGCAGACUCGUUACAUGGUUUUCUUUUCAGCUUCGAACUACUAUGACUCCACCGAACCGGAUGAAUCGCUUAUGAUCUUUUUCUAAGAUAUGAGCCCUUCAAGUUAGGUCCCACUAUAUUGGUGUCUUAGACAAUUUCUCCUUUUUAUUUACCUUUUACGUGCAAAAAUAUCUGAUGUUACAUCACCAUCGAAGCCUAGCUAUAGAGUCACUAGUCUCAUUUUAUUUUACUAAUUUAUGCAUCUAAUUCGCAUUUUACAAAUAAUGUGUAAUUAGUAUAGUAAUGAGUUAUUAUCUAAUGUUCAAAAUAUUGAGAAAUAUAUUUGUAAUUUCUGCUAGCGCGAUUCAAUAUAAAGGAAAAAUCUUCCCAAAAUGUAAAUAACAUCUUAUGCAAUAUUUCUAGUAUAUAUACUCCUUCGGAUAUCGAAAUGGAGGGAAUAGUUGUACAUAUUUCAACAAUUAACGUGCUAGUUCUUUGAAGUUUUUGUUCAAACAUCCAAAUUUAACCUUUGGGAAAAAAGAAAA